UCGCUCGCCGAAUUGGGGCAGCCUAUGCGAACGCUGGCGACUCCUCCUGAAACCAAAACAAUCCAGAUCCUCCGUCGUCAGCUCCCCGAUCCACCCUGAAGGUCAUCCUGUGUUUGGAAACUGUCAUUGUAGGUUUAAAAUAUGGGUAACCACGCUUCCAUAGGUGAACGAAGAGAUCGUCAUAAAUCAGGAGACCAAUUUACUCCUUAUUCUCCUGGAAGAAUAGAUGGCCAGGCAUUUACAUUUGAUAAACAUAAGGCCAACAAACUACACCAACAGCCAUCAGAGGAGGAGCAGGAACCUGUUGUAUUGAAAAAAUCAACCUCUGAUGGCAAAGACAGUGAAGAGCAAGUACCUAUUAGACCUCGGGCUGUUAUUACACAGGGAAAUAAGAAAAUGUUACCCUUUGUGAUUAAGUGGAGUGGAGGAGGCCAAGCUGUAGCCAUUGCUGGCACAUUUAAUCAAUGGCAGAGUAUUCCUAUGGUGAAAAGUGAAAAAGACUUUGUUGCCAUUGUGGACCUGCCAGAAGGACAUCAUGAAUAUAAAUUUCUUGUUGAUGGUGAAUGGAAGUACAAUGAAAAUGAAGCUGCUUGUGAUAAUAACAUUGGCUCAUUGAACAAUAUUAUCACUAUCAAGGAGAGUGAUUUUGAAGAAUUUGAAAAUGCACUUCUCCGAGAUCCAAAUGAUAAGAAUGACAAAACUUAUGGUGUUCAGGCUCUGAACAAAGAAAAGGGGGAAGUCGAAAAGAAGGAUGAAUACAGUCAGGAUAUCCCUGAGUACCACACGUGGGAGAAGGUUCGAGGACCCCCUGUCUUACCCCCACACCUUCUGCAGGUCAUACUCAAUAAGGAUACACCAAUCUCGUGUGAACCAACACUACUUCCUGAACCUAACCAUGUAAUGCUCAACCACAUGUAUGCUCUGAGCAUCCGUGAUGGCAUGAUGGUUCUUUCAACAUCAAUUCGUUUCCGCAAGAAGUGUGUAACCACUCUCAUCUACAGACCUAUUGAGUAAUCAUCAACCUUGCAAAGCUGAAUAUUUGUUCACACAUUCUGAAUUUCCCAAGGAAACAUAUUCUUAUAGUUGCUAAGAUUAUACUCAUAAAUUUGAAGCACAAAUAUUUUCUGAACUGAUUUUUUGUUUUAACAUUUUAAUAUACUGAAUCACUGACACAGGGACUGGCAGAAGGCAAGCAAUGCUUACCUGAGCAGGAAUGUAAAUCUUACUGAAAUGUUUUUCCAAGAAAAUGUAUAGAAUAUGAGUAGAUUAAUGCACCUUUUUCUUCUUACUCUGUAAUAGAUUGAUCAGUCAUAACUACAUAGAUUUUCUAGUAAGAAUUUACACCAGUUGUUUGACUUCUUGAAUAUAGGUUUAUGUAAUUUAAUGUAAUUUCAAGAAAUAAAUGACUAAUGAAUUUGGAACAUGAAAAUAGAUUUAUGGAAUAUAUGACUAAUGUAUUUAGAAAUUUAAGUUAACAAAGUAACUACACCAGUUGAAGGUGAUAUAAAAAAUUAUAUUGUUCAAUUUGUUCAUAUUCUGAAUAAAUGAUAUGAUAGAACUUUCCCAUGUAUAGUAAUAUCAGUAACCUAUUUGUAUUUGUUGAUAUUUGCACCCUAAAUUGAUUUUAUGUUGUGUUAAACAUUGUAUAUUUAUUUUACUUAGUAGAGACAGGUCAGAUCUUUUAAUUAGAAUAAUUAUUUUUCUUUUGUAUCACCAAACAAUCAUCAUUUUAAGAAUAAUAUUAUUUAAAAAUAAAGUGUAACCUAUGUAUUAACAAAAUAAUAGUUCAUGGUGAAAUAUAAAAUAUAGAAACAAACAACUAAAUGGAAAUUUUAGGAAUUGCAGUCUGUACUAAGUGAUUUCCUUAUAGAUCACUAUAAUGUAGAUAUAACUUGCCUAUUUUGAAUACAUUUACAUCUUCAGUCUUGUUUCAAUAUAAAGACACCUAAAACCUAGAGAACUAAAAUAUCAACACACCUAACAGCUAAAAUAUCAUAUCACGAAAAUAAUAAUCUUUUUUAGAUUAACCCAAUGCCGCUGGGUGGUUUCCCAAUACGAAAGCCCUCUCUCCCGGGUUGUAUUCACAAUGGCCCGGGCCCCGCUGCCAGGGAUCGUGUCGUCACGAUAGCAUGCAUGGUAUGACCAUACAUGCACCCAGAAUAUAGUCCAGUCAUGCCAUGGCAUAUACAUACAUGCCUCCUGGCAGCAAUGGGUUAAAAGAUAUGUACAGAAAUUUUAAAGCAGUAUUCUUGAUAUAUAUGUAUGUACACACACACACACACACACACACACACACACACACACACACACACACACACACACACACACACACACACACACACACACACACACA